AUGGACUUUCCAGCUACGGACUUUCCAACUACUGACACUCCAACUAUUGCACAUCCUUCACUUCCAAGCACAACAGUGGGUGGAACCAAUACCACUCUCCCCACCACCCCCACCAUCAACUCUCCCACCACCACGACGCCCACCACCACCCCUCCCACCACCUCUCCCACCACAAUCCCUCCUCUGGUCUGUAUCAAUGGUGGUGAGCUGCAGAGUGGAGUCUGUAUCUGUCCUGAUGAGUGGACCGGAGAGACCUGUUCAGAGGGUACAUCCACACACUUACACUAUACCUAACCCUGGAUCUCACAUUGACUCCAUUCCACAAUACCACACUACUAUACCUAACCCUGGAUCUCACAUUCAGACUCCAUUCCACAAUACCACACUACUAUACCUAACCCUGGAUCUCACAUUCAGACUCCACUUCACAAUACUACACUACUAUACCUAACCCUAGAUCUCACAUUCAGACUCCACUCCACAAUACCACACUACUAUACCUAACCCUAGAUCUCACAUUCAGAGUAAACAGCACUACGCUACUCUGUGGGAGAAAAAUCACAUAUUUACCUGAUUUGUUUAAUAUUAAUAGUUAACAAUUAAUUAAUAUGCUUAACAAUAGUAGAGACAUUUCUUAACUACCAAUGCUGUGCUUUUCAUAAGGAUGGUUCCCUCUAGCUCCCUGCAGCAGGUCUGGGCGUGACUCCCGAGUGGCGCAGUGGUCUAAGGCACUGCAUCGCAGUGCUAGCUGUGCCACUAGAGAUCCUGGUUCGAAUCCAGGCUCUGUCGUAGCCGGCCGCGACCGGGAGACCCAUGGGGCGGCGCACAAUUGGCCCAGCGUCGUCAAGGGUAAGGGAGGGAAUGGCCGGCAGGGAUGUAGCUCAGUUGGUAGAGCAUGGUGUUUGCAACGCCAGGGUUGUGGGUUCGAUUCCCACGGGGGGCCAGUAUGAAAAGUAAAAAAAUAAUGUAUGCACUCACUUAACUGUAAGUCGCUCUGGAUAAGAGCGUCUGCUAAAUGACUAAAAUGUAAUGUAAAUAUAGUCAAGGACAUGGGAUAGAGAUAAACUUGAGGAACAGAUAGACCUGUAUUGUUUCAAUUUCUCUUUGCUUCUGAGUAACCUGGUCACACGGCAUAAGACAGAGCCUCAGAGUGACCACAGUUUUUCAGUUCAUCCUGUCUUUUACUAUCUUCCAAGGGCACAGCUGUGUGGAGAUAUGGGCAGUAAGGGAGCUAACGUUAUCACUUGUUUGUGCGCUAUGACCUGAUACAGAUAGCCACAAGAAGAGGAAAAGGUAGUUCCUGAUCUGCCGGGGAGGGGGUGGAACCAGCCAUGACUAAGCAUGUUUAGGUCCACUAUAUAAGACGCCAGCAUUUCCUGUUCGUUGGGCUCUCACUCUAUCACUUUGGUGUGGGUAUUGUGACCAGCUUCCUUAUCGAUACGUUUUUAAUAAAGUUAAUAUUCUGAUUGGUGAUUGACCUGGUCUCUCCUCAUUAUUGAUUAAAAUAUCCACCACAACAUCUAACCCUGGAUCUCACAUUCACAGUACACACCACUACGCCACUAUAACUAACCCUGGAUCUCACAUUCACAGUCCACAACACUGUUCCCUGGAUCUCACAUUCAGAAUGUAUAUUUCAUGUUUGCAAUCAUACAUUUGGUCCAUGUUGAAAUGUAUUUUACUUCGAUAGGGAAUUUCUGCAAUUCAACCAUCAAGGAUGGAUUCUCCUUCCCAAGAACAACAGUUGGCUGGUCUGCUUAUUCAGAAACAUUGUGCGGUGAGGAUACAACCAGUGGUAUGUUGCUUUUAUUCACCUAAAAUGAAAAAAAAUGUACAGUCAUAAUUAAUGUUGUAUAAGGUAACACAAAAUCUUGAGUGUCUUUUUGUCUUUGUUCCUCCAGCCGGUUUACCAGAAGCCUCAGCAAGAUGUUUGAAUGACACGGGAUCUCCAAUGUUUGGUCCUCCUCACAAGCUGCAGUGUGAAUUAACCCUCAGUGGCAUUCAAGGAAAUGUAAGUCAAUAGGCAUAUUUUUUAUGAUCCUGAUUUAUGACCAGUCUCGAUUUAUGACCAGUCUUUGGGUCAUUUACCUCAACCAACACAACUACCUCGUAUCAUAAUACAUUGACUCGCUACCGGUACUCCUUGUAUAUAGAUUCAUUAUUGUUAUUUAGUGUUACUAUUUCCUUAGGUGCAAAUGUUCGUACUUUUUAACUCUACAUUGUUGGGAAAGGGCUCGUCAGUAAGCAUUUCACGGUAAAGUCUACACCUGUUGUAUUUGGAGCAUGUGACUAAUCAAAUUUGAUUAGAUUUACAGUUAUAAUUAUGAGGAGUUGAUCUUAUUUUGAAGAUCAGUAACAACUGGCUUUUACCUUCAGCUCAUGUAUUCUGUUCCUUUAUUCUACUUAACCGUUGAUGAUUCCCCCCAUACAUGUUCAUACUUUUUCGUACUGGUGCGAAUCGAACCCACAACCUUGGCGUUGCAAGUGCCAUGCUCUACCAACUGGGCCACAUAAUUAGUAUUGACAAUUUUAAUAUCCAAAUGUACUCACAGUUCAGCAUGUUGCUGCCACUUGUUCUGUUUAAAAACAAUACUAAAAUAAAUAAAAAUCAUUCUCUCUCCGUAUUCAGAUCUCCAGCAGUUCAGGUGAUUUAGAAGAGCUAGCCUUCAGUACUCAGAUCCUGACCUCCCAACCAGAGCGGCUAUCAGCUGACAACAUCACCACAGCAGCUCAGAUAGCUAACACGCUGCUUCAGUCUGCAAAUAUCACAGAGGUAUAACAUGUUUUCAAAUCAACUCUUGACUAUGACAUGUUCUGGAGAGAAACGUGAGGUUGUUAUUACAGUGAUUUGAACACUUGAGGGUCAUCCCCUGGUUUUGAUCAUGUUGCAGGACAUCGCAGUGGCAGCUGUAACUACCAUCAGUCAGCUGCUGAAUGCCAGUGGGGAGACUACACAGGAGAGAGACGCUGUCCAGAGGUGUGUGUGUGUGUGUGUUUCUGCAUAUGUUUGAGUUUAUGUGUGUACGUGUGUCUCUGUGCGUGUCUGCAUGGGUGCAUGUAAACUAAUGUUUUUCUGUGUUUCUCUCCCAGCCUCACAGAGACCCUGGAGGAGUUUUCCCUGGACCAGCACAGUGUUGUGUCCUUGGUGGUUCAGCCCAACCUGGUAGUCCUGUCUGUCCAAGUACCAAGUGACACAGUAGGGAUCCAGUUUACUGCUCUGACUGGUGGGUGGGACUGCUAGUGAACCUACAUAGUGUCGUUUAAAGUGAUAGUUUAUAUCUGUGUUGACAGUCUAGUUCAACUUCUUCUAUCUUAUUUUUCAUAUGUUUCUCCUCUGCUGUUGGUCAAUAAGGUUUGGUAUGGAUUUGAUUUGUUGUACUACAGACAAGUACAGAAGUAACACUAUAUUGUUCUGCUUUAAAUUGCUAAAUCAAAUUAAUCUCCUCCAGGAAGAUCUGGUAAUUUUGUGGCCAACAGAAUUAAUCUCAACACUAAUACCUCUGAACUGAUAGCUGACAACGGCGUUUCUACCGAUGUCCAGAUUGUUAUCAAAUUCCCACCAGGUGAGCCAAUGUUGGUAUGCAAACAUAGUGUAUAAACUCAAGCUUCAAUUUCCUUGAACCGCUUUCACCGAGAGCGCUUUGUCUCCGAAAUCAGGUCAGCAGUGCCAAAAAUAUUGAUUGUCCAAUAAAGUUGAGUCACAUGAGAUACAGUGAGGGGAAAAAGUAUUUGAUCCCCUGCUGAUUUUGUAUGUUUGCCCACUUACAAAGAGAUGAUCAGUCUAUAAUUUUAAUGGUAGGUUUAUUUGAACAGUGAGAGACAGAAUAACAACAAAAAAAUCUAGAAAAACGCAUGUCAAAAAUGUUAUCAAUUGAUUUGCAUUUUAAUGAGGGAAAUAAGUAUUUGACCCCUCUGCAAAACAUGACUUAGUACUUGGUGGCAAAACCCUUGUUUGUAAUCAGAGGUCAGACGUUUCUUGUAGUUGGCCACCAGGUUUGCACACAUCUCAGGAGGGAUUUUGUUCCACUCCUCUUUGCAGAUCUUCUCCAAGUCCUUAAGGUUUCGAGGCUGACGUUUGGCAACUCAAACCUUCAGCUCCCUCCACAUAUUUUCUAUGGAAUUAAGGUCUGGAGACUGGCUAGGCCACUCCAGGACCUUAAUGUACUUCUUCUUGAGCCACUCCUUUGUUGCCUUGGCCGUGUGUUUUGGGUCAUUGUCAUGCUGGAAUACCCAUCCACGACCCAUUUUCAAUGCCCUGGCUGAGGGAAGGAGGUUCUCACCCAAGAUUUGACGGUACAUGACCCCGUCCAUCGUCCCUUUGAUGCGGUGAAGUUGUCCCCUUAGCAGAAAAACACCCCCAAAGCAUAAUGUUUCCACCUCCAUGUUUGACGGUGGGGAUGGUGUUCUUGGGGUCAUAGGCAGCAUUCCUCCUCCUCCAAAUACGGUGAGCUCGAUUUUGGUCUCAUCUGACCACAACACUUUCACCCAGUUCUCCUCUGAAUCAUUCAGAUGUUCAUUGGCAAACUUCAGACUGCCCUGUAUAUGUGCUUUCUUGAGCAGGGGGACCUUGCGGGCGCUGCAGGAUUUCAGUCCUUCACGGCGUAGUGUGUUACCAAUUGUUUUCUUGGUGACUAUGGUCCCAGCUGCCUUGAGAUCAUUGACAAGAUCCUCCUGUGUAGUUCUGGACUGAUUCCUCACCGUUCUCAUGAUCAUUGCAACUCCACGAGGUGAGAUCUUGCAUGGAGCCCCAGGCCGAGGGAGAUUGACAGUUCUUUUGUGUUUCUUCCAUUUGCGAAUAAUCGCACCAACUGGUGUCACCUUCUCACCAAGCUGCUUGGCGAUGGUCUUGUAGCCCAUUCCAGCCUUGUGUAGGUCUACAAUCUUGUCCCUGACAUCCUUGGAGAGCUCUUUGGUCUUGGCCAUGGUGGAGAGUUUUGAAUCUGAUUGAUUGAUUGCUUCUGUGGACAGGUGUCUUUUAUACAGGUAACAAGCUGAAAUUAGGAGCACUCCCUUUAAGAGUGUGCUCCUAAUCUCAGCUCGUUACCUGUAUAAAAGACACCUGGGAGCCAGAAAUCUUUCUGAUUGAGAGGGGGUCAAAUACUUAUUUCCCUCAUUAAAAUGCAAAUCAAUUUAUAACAUUUUUGACAUGCGUUUUUCUGGAUUUUGUUGUUGUUAUUCUGUCUCUCACUGUUCAAAUAAACCUACCAUUAAAAUUAUAGACUGAUCAUUUCUUUUUCAGUGGGCAAACAUACAAAAUCAAAUACUUUUUUCCCUCACUGUAUGGAUAAGUAAACUAAUGAGAAGUAAUUGGGCUUCCAAUUUGCCUACAAGGCAAAGUCAAGCUACUCAUGUAUAUGAAAAACAAUGUCUCUCGCUCUCUCUCUCUCUCAAUUCAAAGGGUUUUAUUUGCAUGGGAAACAUAUGUUUACAUUGCCAAAGCAAAUAUACAAUCAAAAAACUAACACUAAACAUUACACUCACAAAAGUUUAAAAGGAAUAGAUACAUUUCAAAUGUCAUUAUGGCUACGUAUGUAGUGUUAUAACGAUGUGUCUCUCUCUCUCGCUCACUCUCUCGACUCAGUUUUGCUUAGUAAAAACACAAACCGCUCCAUUGGUUUUGUGCUCUACCAAAACGACCGGUUCUUCAGGUCCAGGACUUACACAGCUUCUUCUGGAACCAGCAGAAGGGUCAUCUCUGCUAACCUGGGACAAGUGUCUGGGUUGCAUGUUGAGAUGCUCUUCAAGCCUACAGUAAGAUUUCUCUUGGAAUCAAUAAACACAUAGUGGUCCAAAUUCUCUGGGAAACGUAGUGGGAAGUUUUCCAUGAUCUAAGUCAGGGGCAGGCAGCACAGUUCCUGGAGUGCUGCAGGUAUUGCAUGAUUUUGUUCCAACUAGUCAAUACACCUGACCAACUGAGCUAAUUGAUCAGAUUAGUGAUUGCUUAAAUUCAACACACCUUGUCUUCCAGGUCGGUUAAAUCAAAAACAUGAUGUGCCUGUGGCACUCCAGGACCAGGGCUGCCUACCCUUGAUCUAAGUUAUCCAUUGACGCUUAUCCUCCAUAAGGACCAAGGAAGCAUAUUUUGGCCAGUGAACAUUAUUUUGUAUUGUAUAUAAUAUGAUCUAUCAUAAUUGUAAUUUCUUCUGUCUCACAUUUACUUUAUGACCUGUUAUACUUCACAAAUGACUUCAUGAUUUUUUAAAUGAGGAAUACUGUGAAUGCGUGUCUUUUGCUGAAGGAUUUACAGUGAGUUUGUUUCUGUUCUCACUUCUCAGGCUGUCCCCAACGCCUCCCUCUAUGACUUUGCCUGCGUGUGGUGGAACUACACUUUGAACGACUGGAGCACCUCUGGCUGCUCCAAAGUCAACCACUCAGAAGACGGCCUGCGAUGUUUCUGUAAUCACACCACUAACUUCGCUGUGCUUAUGGUGAGUAGCUAGCUGCCUUCAUCUCCCUUUAACUGACCACACUCUAACCUAAGGUUUACAUCAGCAUAUCCAGACACAUGAGGGAGAUUACUUUAUACAGUAUGACUGUGACAAACUUAGUGUUGAAAUUGAUUUUUUCUUUCUACAGUCAUUCAGGAGGGAUUUUAAAUACGCUGAAGUUCUAAACUGGAUCACCACAUUGGGAUGCUCCAUGUCCAUCAUAGGGUUGAGUUUAACAAUAACAUUCCAGAUCGCAACCCGGUAAGAUCCUACAGGGUUCCAGAACCAAUUCAACCUAUACAAUAACAUUCCAGAUGGUGACCCGGUAAGAUCCUACAGGGUUCCAGAACCAAUUCUAAAUAUACAAUAACAUUCCAGAUCGUGACCCGGAAAGAUCCUACAGGGUUCCAGAACUAAUAAAACAUAUUGGGUGCAUCUCAAUAGUGUAAAGAAGCCCUUUGUCUGAUCCAACACGACUUGAUAGGUGAAAUCAAUAUGAAACCCACCAAUAAUGACCCAACACAUCCAUAGCUACGCAUCUAACUUCCCUAACAUAGUGUUGUCUAUCACCUAUCCCCAGGAAAUCACGCAAAACCAACCCAACUGUCCUCUUAGUGAGCGUCUGCGUGUGUCUCCUGAUCUUCACCCUCCUCUUCGUGUUGGGAGUGGACAACCCUCAUAAACAGCUGGAGAAACCUGAAAUACAGGAGGACAACAUUGUCCCCUUGUCCGACACACACACAGAGCGGGACAGAGGCCCCUGUACUGCAGUCACAGUCCUGCUGCAGUACUUCCUGUUGGGGACGUUCACCUGGAACACGCUGUACGCCACACAUGUCUUCCUGAUGAUCAGAAACAGCCUGGCCACCAGCCCGUCACACUUCACAGCCUAUACCGUGGCCAUCGGAUGGGGUAGGACAGCUUGGAGAAAAAUAAAGUAUUUAGUUGUUUCAGAAGCUUUGGCUGGCAUUAGACCUGGGCUCCUUGAACCAAAACGAAUGCUAGGUUAUAUUUUAUUUAGCCUGAAAUAGAGCUUCAAAGCAACUUGUUUAGCGAUGUUAUGUCUUUAGAGGAUGUAUGUGUAGUAUAUAAUCUGUAUAUGUCUGCAUGCUAAUCUACCAGGAAAUAACAACAACAUUCUCUGUCCUUUAGGACUGCCUGCGGUUGUGGUGGCCCUCACCUUAGGAAUUAGUUACAGAGUGGAUGAUCCACUGGGUUACAGGCAGGAGGAAUUGUGAGUCAAUACUAUACUAUUUCUGUAACUACUUAUCUGUACUCUAUUGUAAUGUACUGUACUAUACUACCACAACUACACCUGAGUACUGUGCUUUGCUGUACUGCAAUUUACUUCCUCUUCAGUGGUUCUCAUAAUAGGUUCAAUUUAAAUUAAAGUGGGGCAAUUGCUUUAUAAAAUUGUAAAACUUAUGCUGUAAAAGGUUAUCCUGAUCAAUGUUCAUGUGCAUGUUUAUAAUGCAUGCUAAUAAUUGGCCAAGAGCCAUAUAAAAAGUUAAACAUUGUGUUGAAAGGUUUCUUGUUUACUUAUGCCACCCACCAUGUUUACUUUAUACCACGUUAUUCAAAUCACUGGCGUCCUGUUUUGUCUGUCACAAAGUCCCACUCUCUAACUCAUUCAUUUGACCUCUCAGUUGCUGGCUUGCUGCCCUCGAUCCAAAGGGGAACUUUGACUUCAAGCUGCCAAUGUUUUGGGGGUUCCUGAUCCCUGUGGCGUUCAUGCUUAUCUUCAACAUGGUGGUGUUGGUAUAUUUUGCAGUUACCACAUCCAAGACCAACCCACAUAUAACCAGGUAACAUUAAUGGGGGUGUUGUGGGGGCACAAAGUAGCAAGUUGUAGUCAUAAAGAUCAGUCUUAAUUUAAAUGCCUACUAAUGAGCUUGUUCAUUUCAAAUGGUCUUUCAAUGAAAAGCUUGUUAUAAAUAAAAUGUAUUAUUAUUUUAUUCUUAUUAAUUCAGUCAUUAGUAACCAAUUCAUACUAUUUAAUAAGCACCAUGCUCUAACCCACUCAGUCAUUGGAAGCAUACUGUUAUUUUACCACAGCAUUACAGCAGUCUAUGACAGCAGUCUAAGCAUGUUGGUUAUAUUUCCCAGUACAAGACACACAUCGAUGAAGAAGAAGUUCCUCAGUAGCUUUUCUCUGGCUGUGGUGCUCGGUCUCUCCUGGAUCCUGGGCUAUCUGUUGCUCAUUACACAGAACCAGACCAUGUACACCAUACUCAACAUCUCCUUCUGUGUACUCACCACCACUCAGGUAGUAAAUGUAUGCACUCACUACUGUAAGUCGCUCUGGAUAAGAGUCUGCUAAAUGACUCAAAUGUUAAAUAUAAAGACUAGUGUACUAUUGUACCACAGAAUCCAGACAUGAUUGAAAACUAGACACCUACUAAACAAAAAUAAAUUCUGCUGCUCUUUAUGGAAACGCUACCUUUUGUUUGUACUUGUGUGUUCCUGAAAAUACUUGAUUAUGUCUGUGUUUUUGUUUUCGCUCCACAGGGCUUGCAGAUUUUCGUUCUGUUCACAGCAAGAACAGCAAUUGUCAAGAAAAAGAUGUCAAGUGCUUUGAAAUCUGUCUCUAGCGCUGGGAUCCCUCUUCACACCAAGAAGUUCAGUCUAUGGCGAGGCGAGCAAAGUGAAAAAGUAGAAUCAUACACACAGCAGGACACUGAUCUGUCAUUUCCACCUUGUUCCUCACAGACAUCUAACUGAUGGGCUGCAAGUUCAACCUCUGUUGGAAAAUAUCUCAUAUACCUCCACUAUUAUCCUAUAAUAUACAUUAUAAUAUACACAAUGUUGUAUCAAUGUACAGUGGGGAAAAAAAGUAUUUAGUCAGCCACCAAUUGUGCAAGUUCUCCCACUUAAAAAGAUGAGAGGCCUGUAAUUUUCAUCAUAGGUACACGUCAACUAUGACAGACAAAAUGAGAAAAGAAAAUCCAGAAAAUCACAUUGUAGGAUUUUUUAUGAAUUUAUUUGCAAAUUAUGGUGGAAAAUAAGUAUUUGGUCAAUAACAAACGUUUCUCAAUACUUUGUUAUAUACCCUUUGUUGGCAAUGACACAGGUCAAACGUUUUCUGUAAGUCUUCACAAGGUUUUCACAUACUGUUGCUGGUAUUUUGGCCCAUUCCUCCAUGCAGAUCUCCUCUAGAGCAGUGAUGUUUUGGGGCUGUCGCUGGGCAACACGGACUUUCAACUCCCUCCAAAGAUUUUCUAUGGGGUUGAGAUCUGGAGACUGGCUAGGCCACUCCAGGACCUUGAAAUGCUUCUAACGAAGCCACUCCUUCGUUGCCCGGGCGGUGUGUUUGGGAUCAUUGUCAUGCUGAAAGACCCAGCCACGUUUCAUCUUCAAUGCCCUUGCUGAUGGAAGGAGGUUUUCACUCAAAAUUUAACAUAACAUGGCCCCAUUCAUUCUUUCCUUUUCACGGAUCAGUCGUCCUGGUCCCUUGCAGAAAAACAGCCCCAAAGCAUGAUGUUUCCACCCCCAUGCUUCACAGUAGGUAUGGUGUUCUUUGGAUGCAACUCAGCAUUCUUUGUCCUCCAAACACAACGAGUUGAGUUUUUACCAAAAAGUUAUAUUUUGGUUUCAUCUGACCAUAUGACAUUCUCCCAAUCCUCUUCUGGAUCAACCAAAUGCACUCUAGCAUUACUGGCUUAAGCAGGGGGACAUGUCUGGCACUGCAGGAUUUGAGUCCAUAGCGGCGUAGUGUGUUACUGAUGGUAGGCUUUGUUACUUUGGUCCCUGCUCUCUGCAGGUCAUUCACUAGGUCCCCCUGUGUGGUUCUGGGAUUUUUGCUCACCGUUCUUGUGAUCAUUUUGACCCCACGGGGUGAGAUCUUGCGUGAAGCCCCAGAUCGAGGGAGAUUAUCAGUGGUCUUGUAUGUCUUCCAUUUCCUAAUAAUUGCUCCCACAGUUGAUUUCUUCAAACCAAGCUGCUUACCUAUUGCAGAGUCAGUCUUCCCAGCCUAGUGCAGGUCUACAAUUUUGUUUCUGGUGUCCUUUGACAGCUCUUUGGGCUUGGCCAUAGUGGAGUUUGGAGUGUGACUGUUUGAGGUUGUGGACAGGUGUAUUUUAUACUGAUAACAAGUUCAAACAGCUGCCAUUAAUACAGGUAACGAGUGGAGGACAGAGGAGCCUCUUAAAGAAGAAGUUACAGGUCUGUGAGAGCCAGAAAUCUUGCUUGUUUGUAGGUGACCAAAUACUUAUUUUCCAUCAUAAUUUGCAAAUAAAUUCAUAAAAAAUCCUACAAUGUGAUUUUCUGGAUUUUCUUUCCUCAAUUUGUCUGUCAUAGUUGACGUGUACCUAUGAUGAAAAUUACAGGCCUCUCUCAUCUUUUUAAGUGGUAGAACUUGCACAAUUGGUGGCUGACUAAAUACUUUUUUCCCCCACUGUAUAUUUACUGUGAAUUCCCGCAGAAGUUUUGUUGUCCAACAAUGUUUUUGGCACAAAUUCUGUAUAUCCUGUACAUUUGUUCUUUAUAAAAUGGAACUGUAUUGAAUAAAUCUGUGAUUAUUCUCUUUUAAGCGAAUGUUUGUUUCAGUAUUCUUAGUGAGAAAAAACACUAUUUUACACAACAACUCAGAAAAUAGCAUUAGACAGUGUAGCCCAGGUCAAAGUAAUUUUCUCUGCGAAAUUUGGUCUUUACCGAGGGCAGAAGGGACGCAUUUAAAAUGGAUUAAGGAGCUUCUGCUCCAUCGGCCUGUAGAACACAGGCAGCAAGCUGCAGCUGCCAAUUACAUCUGUGGUAGAGGAGUACAAGGCAACAAAGCACGUCAGGCUAUGAUGCUGCAGGACAGCAAGGAUGAGAGGGUUCGCCAGGCAGAGAUCGAGGUCAGAACGGGUCGCAAGUGGUAAAACAGCGGAGCGCUCAGGGAGAAGGAGGAACAGCUGCAACACACUAACACACUAUAUAUAUAUUGUCUGUAUAUUCUGUUUGUUUAUGGUCUGUCUGUAUAUUCUGUUUAUUAUGGCAGCACCAUAAUAGGAUCGAGUUUGGGAAACCCUAUUUUAGAGAAGUACACCCUUUAGUGGCCUCAAAUUCUAAUCCAGACCUCCAAGCCAGUUCCAUUGCUUUAUUCUUCCCCUCUAAUCAGAUCUCAUUACACCUGCUCUACUGGAAAAAAAGUUGUUCUGUUUACCAAAAUAUGUACUGUACCUUCCCAGCUGCAACCAAUAAUGUUUUGCAUAGAGAAGGGUAAUGCUAUUGGUUGACUGGUCCUCACAGUAUCCAUCCAUGUGUAUCCAUUUUAUUAAUCCAGUCACAUAUCUGAUCUACAGUUGAAGUCGGAAGUUUACAUACACUUAGGUUGGAGUCAUUAAAACUCGCUUUUCAACCACUCCACAAAUUUCUUGUUAACAAACUAUAGUUUUGGCAAGUUGGUUAGGACAUCUACUUUGUGCAAGACACAAGUAAUUUUUCCAAUAAUUGUUUACAGACAGAUUAUUUCACUUAUAAUUCACUGUAUCACAAUUCCAGUGGGUCAGAAGUUUACAUACACUAAAUUGACUGUGCCUUUAAACAGCUUGGAAAAUUACAGAAAUUAUGUCAUGGCUUUAGAAGCUUCUGAUAAUUGACAUAAUUUGAGUCAAUUGGAGGUGUACCUGUGGAUGUAUUUCAAGGCCUACCUUCAAACUCAGUGCCUCUUUGCUUGACAUAAUGGGAAAAUUAAAAUAAAUCAGCCAAGACCUCAGAAAAUAAAUUGUAGACCUCCACAAGUCUGGUUCAUCCUUGGGAGCAAUUUCCAAACGCCUGAAGGUACCACGUUCAUCUAUACAAACAAUAGUACGCAAGUAUAAACACCAUGGGACCACGCAGCUGUCAUACCGCUCAGAAAGGAGACGCAUUCUGUCUCCUAGAAAUGAACGUACUUUGGUGCGAAAAGUGUAAAUCAAUCCCAGAACAACAGCAAAGGACCUUGUGAAGAUGCUGGAGGAAACAGGUACAAAAGUAUCUAUACCAACAGUAAAACGAGUCCUAUAUCGACAUAACCUGAAAGGCUGCUCAGCAAGGAAGAAGCCACUGCUCCAAAACCGCCAUAAAAAAGCCAGACUACGGUUUGCAACUGCACAUGGGGACAAAGAUUGUACUUUCUGGAGAAAUGUCCUCUGGUCUGAUGAAACAAAAAUAGAACUGUUUGGCGAUAAUGACCAUUGAUAUGUUUGGAGGAAAAAGGGGGUUGCUUGCAAGCCGAAGAACACCAUCCCAACCGUGAAGCAAGGGGGUGGCAGCAUCAUGCUGUGGGGGUGCUUUGCUGCAGGAGGGACUAGUGCAUUUCACAAAAUAGAUGGCAUCAUGAGGAAGGAAAAUUAUGUGGAUAUAUUGAAGCAACAUCUCAAGACAUCAGUCAGGAAGUUAAAGCUUGGUCGCUAAUGGGUCUUCCAAAUGGACAAUGACCCCAAGCAUACUUCCAAAGUUGUGGCAAAAUGGCUUAAGGACAACUAAGUCAAGGUAAUAGGAGCGGCCAUCACAAAGCCCUGACAUCAAUCCUAUAGAACAUUUGUGGGCAGAACUCAAAAAGAGCUGAAAAAGCGUGUGCGAGCAAGGAGGCCUAGAAACAUGACUCUGUUACACCAGCUCUGUCAGGAGGAAUGGGCCAAAAUUCACCCAACUUAUUGUGGGAAGCUUGUGGAAGGCUACCCGAAACGUUUGACCCAAGUUAAACAAUUUAAGGCAGUGCUACCAAAUACUAAUGGAGUGUAUGUAAACUUCUGACCCACUGGGAAUGUGAUGAAAGAAAUAAAAGCUGAAAUAAAUCAUUCUCUCUACUAUUAUUCUGACAUUUCACAUUCUUAAAAUAAAGUGGUGAUCCUAACUGACCUAAAACAGGGAAUUUUUACUAGGAUUAAAUGUCAGGAAUUGUGAAAAACUGAGUUUAAAUGUAUUUGGCUAAGGUGUAUGUAAACUUCCGACUUCAACUGUAUUUGUGUGUCAGUCUUUACUGAUCCUGUUGAUAACAUGGCCAGUGUUGGAGCCAAUGUACAGUACUUCACCCUUAAUUUCAAUAGUAAAUCAUUAACUGGUACCUGCAUGUCACUGCAGUCUCUGUAACAGGUGAAGAGCAGAGCAGUAUAAGACCAACAGACAUCCUAAUAAUGUGCAGUCUGCUUACACUGCAUGCCAGGAAACAGCAGAGAUGAAGGAGCUAUGGAUUAUGGCUGUCUUUGCAACAGGUAAGACUUGCUCUAUAUUUGAUUUAUUCAGGGUGAUUUAAGAUGUUCAGAUGUACACUGAGCGUACAAAACAUUAAGAACACCUCCUCUUUCCAAGACAUUGACUGGCCAGAUGAAUCCAGGUGAAAGCUAUGAUCCCUUAUUGAUGUCACUUGUUAAAUCCACUUCAAUCAAUGUAGCUGAAGGGGAGGAGAUAGGUUAAAGAAGGUUUUUUCGUCCUGGUUUGUGUGAAGAAUUGCAACGCUGCUGGGUUUUUCACGUUCAACAGUUAACCGUGUGUAUCAAGAAUGGUUCACCACCCAAAGGACAUCGAACCAACUUGACACAAAUGUGCAACUCAACAUUAGGAAAGUGUUCCUACUGUUUGGUAUACUCUGUGUAUGAUGCUGUUGUUAAGUGUCUUCUGUGAUUGAGAAUUGCGUAGGAAACUUGCUUUAAAAAUGUAUGAUGCAUUUAACGUAUCAAUUGCUUAUUACCAAUAUAUAACCUUAAUGUUUUUACAGUGUGGUUUAUGAAUUUUAAAGUUUGGUUUACAGUCAAUGAUUGACUGAUGUUUGUCUGUUUGCUGCGAGGGAUACAAUACCAUCAUUGAAGACAUUGUUUCAGACAUUAUUUUUAUCCAAACACUAUUUAGAUUUACUGUUAAGCCGGUCUUUACAUACUGUGAAUAGACUACUGUCAGGUCUCAGAUACAGUUGAUAACAGAGUAGGCUUUGCUAUCAAAUGUCAACCGUUUAUUGGCAGUGAUAUUGACUUAAUUCUCUCAUAAAGUACAGUAGAAAACAUUUAUACACUGCUGAAGACACAUUGAAACUGGAACAACAUGGAUCAUCUCCUAUGCUUAUAGCAACUGACACUAUGUACCCUUGUUAAUUUGAUUUACUGAGUAUAUAUUUUUUUGGGGGAAGUCUCUUUGCCACAGGGGGAUCUCACCACAUCCUCUGCCAUUCCAACCACCAUUGACAUAACUUCUCCAACUACUACUGCCCCUUUAACCUCUCCAGCUACUGCUAGCCCUUUAACCCCUGCCCCUCCAGCUAGUGCCCCUUCAACUACUGACACCCCAACGACUAACACUCCAACUAACGACACUCCAACUACUGAAACACCAACUACUGACACUCCAACUGACGGUCCAACUACCGACAUGCCAACUACCGACACUCUAACUACCGACACUCCAACUACCGACACUCCAACUACCGACACUCCAACUACCGACACUCCAACUACCGACACUCCAGCUAAUGACACUCCAACUAAUGACACUCCAACUAAUGACACUCCAACUAAUGACACUCCAACUAACGACACUCCAACUAAUGACACUCCAACUAACGACACUCCAACUAAUGACACUCCAACUAACGACACUCCAACUAACGACACUCCAACUACUGAAAUACCAAUUACUGUCAUUCCCGAAGAACUAACUACCAACACUCAAAAUGACAGUCCAACUACCGACACUCCAACUACUUACACUCCCGAAGAAAUAACUACCAACACUCCAACUGACGGUCCAACUACCGACAUGCCAACUACCGACACUCUAACUACCGACACUACAACUCCCGAAACUCUAACUCAGGAAGCUACCGACACUCCAACUAACGACACUCCAACUAACGACACUCCAACUACUGAAAUACCAAUUACUGUCAUUCCCGAAGAACUAACUACCAACACUCAAAAUGACAGUCCAACUACCGACACUCCAACUACUUACACUCCAACUACUUACCCUACCGAAGAAAUAACUACCAACACUCCAACUGACGGUCCAACUACCGACAUGCCAACUACCGACACUCUAACUACCGACACUACAACUCCCGAAACUGUAACUCAGGAAGCUACCGACACUCCAACUAACGACACUCCAACUAACGACACUCCAACUAACGACACUCCAACUACUGAAAUACCAAUUACUGUCAUUCCCGAAGAACUAACUACCAACACUCAAAAUGACAGUCCAACUACCGACACUCCAACUACUUACACUCAAACUACCGAUACCCCAACUACCGACACUCCAACUAGCGGGCCAACUACCGACACACCAACUACCGACACUCCAACUACUGAAUACACUGCAGCUACUACUGGUCAUCCAACUACUGGUUACCUAAAUUCUACUGGUCCUCCAACUACUGGUUACCCUACCUCUAUCCCUAUCACCAGUACCAGUCUCCCCACCACCCCCACCCCCACCUCUACCCCCACCUCUACCCCCACCUCUACCCCCACCUCUACCCCCACCUCUACCACCACCUCUACCACCACCUCUACCACCACCUCUACCACCACCUCUACCACCACCUCUACCACCACAACCCCUCCUCUGGUCUGUAUCAACGGUGGUGAGUUGCAGAAUGGAGUCUGUAUCUGUCCUGAUGAGUGGACCGGAGAGACUUGUUCAAAGGGUACGUAAACACACACUUACACUAUACCUAACCCUGGAUCUCACAUUCACAGUACGCACCACUACAUUACUAUUCCUAACCCUCACAGGAGGUUAGUGGCACCUUAAUUGGGGAGGACGGGCUUGUGGUAAUGGCUGGAGCGGAAUCAGUAGAACGGUAUCAAAUACAUCAAACACAUGGUUUGAUGCCAUUCCAUUCGCUCCGUUCCAGCCAUUAUUAUGAGCUAUUCUCCCCUCAGCAGCCUCCACUGCUAACCCUGGAUGUCACAUUCACAGUAGACACCACUACACUACUAUACCUAACCCUGGAUCUCACAUUCACAGUACACACCACUACACUACUAUACCUAACCCUGGAUCUCACAUUCACAGUACACACCACUACACUACUAUACCUAACCCUGGAUCUCACAUUCACAGUACACACCACUACACUACUCCUAACCCUGGAUCUCACAUUCAGAGUCCAUUUACAUUUACAUUUACGUCAUUUAGCAGACGCUCUUAUCCAGAGCGACUUACAAAUUGGGGGGGGGGGAGGUAGAAGGAUUACUUUAUCCUAUCCCAGGUAUUCCUUAAAGAGGUGGGGUUUCAAAUGUCUCCGGAAGGUGGUGAGUGACUCCGCUGUCCUGGCGUCGUGAGGGAGCUUGUUCCACCAUUGGGGUGCCAGAGCAGCGAACAGUUUUGACUGGGCUGAGCGGGAACUAUGCUUCCGCAGAGGAAGGGGAGCCAGCAGGCCAGAGGUGGAUGAACGCAAUGCCCUCGUUUGGGUGUAGGGACUGAUCAGAGCCUGAAGGUACGGAGGUGCCGUUCCCCUCACAGCUCCAUAGGCAAGCACCAUGGUCUUGUAACAGAUGCAAGCUUCAACUGGAAGCCAGUGGAGUGUGCGGAGGAGCGGGGUGACGUGAGAGAACUUGGGAAGGUUGAACACCAGACGGGCUGCGGCAUUCUGGAUGAGUUGUAGGGGUUUAAUGGCACAGGCAGGGAGCCCAGCCAACAGCGAGUUGCAGUAAUCCAGACGGGAGAUAACAAGUGCCUGGAUUAGGACCUGUGCCGCUUCCUGUGUAAGGCAGGGUCGUACUCUCCGAAUGUUGUAGAGCAUGAACCUGCAGGAUCGGGUCACCGCCUUGAUGUUAGCGGAGAACGACAGGGUAUUGUCCAGGGUCACACCAAGGCUCUUCGCACUCUGGGAGGAGGACACAACGGAGUUGUCAACCGUGAUGGCGAGAUCAUGGAACGGGCAGUCCUUCCCCGGGAGGAAGAGCAGCUCCGUCUUGCCAAGGUUCAGCUUGAGGUGGUGAUCCGUCAUCCAUACUGAUAUGUCUGCCAGACAUGCAGAGAUGCGAUUCGCCACCUGGUUAUCAGAAGGGGGAAAGGAGAAGAUUAGUUGUGUAUCGUCAGCGUAGCAAUGAUAGGAGAGGCCAUGUGAGGAUAUGACAGAGCCAAGUGACUUGGUGUAUAGCGAGAAUAGGAGAGGGCAUAGAACUGAGCCCUGGGGGACACCAGUGGUGAGAGCACGUGGUGCGGAGACAGCUUCUCGCCACGCCACUUGGUAGGAGCGACCGGUCAGGUAGGACGCAAUCCAAGAGUGAGCCGCGCCGGAGAUGCCCAGCUCGGAGAGGGUGGAGAGGAGGAUCUUAUGGUUCACAGUAUCAAAGGCAGCAGACAGGUCUAGAAGGACAAGAGCAGAGGAGAGAGAGUUAGCUUUAGCUGUGCGGAGAGCCUCCGUGACACAGAGAAGAGCAGUCUCAGUUGAAUGACCAGUCCUGAAACCUGACUGGUUAGGAUCAAGAAGGUCAUUCUGAGAGAGAUAGCAAGAGAGUUGGCUAAAGACGGCACGCUCAAUAGUUUUGGAAAGAAAAGAAAGAAGGGAUACUGGUCUGUAGUUGUUGACAUCAGAGGGAUCGAGUGUUGGUUUUUUGAGAAGGGGUGCAACUCUCGCUCUCUUGAAGACGGAAGUGACAUAGCCAGCGGUCAAGGAUGAGUUGAUGAGCGAGGUGAGGUAAGGGAGAAGGUCACCGGAGAUGGUCUGUAGAAGAGAGGGGGGGGGGGAUAGGGUCAAGCGGGCAGGUUGUCGGGCGGCCGGCCGUCACAAGUCGCAAGAUUUUAUCUGGAGAGAGAGGGGAGAAAGAAGUCAAAACGUAGGGCAGUGUGAGCAGGACCAGCAGUGUCAUUUGGCUUAACAAACGAGGAUCGGAUGUCGUCAACCUUCUUUUCAAAAUGGUUGACGAAGUCAUCCACAGAGAGGGAGGAGGGGGGGGGGGGGGAGGAGGAUUCAGCAGGGAGGAGAAUGUGGCAAUGAGCUUCCAAGGGUUAGAGGCAGAUGCUUGGAAUUUAUAGUGGUAGAAAGUGGCCUUAGCAGCAGAAACAGAUGAAGAAAAUGUAGAGAGGAGGGAGUGAAAAGAUGCCAGGUCCGCAGGGAGUCUAGUUUUCUUCCAUUUCCGCUCAGCUGCCCGGAGCUCUGUUCUGUGAGCUCGCAAUGAGUCAUCAAGCCACGGAGCUGGAGGGGAGGACUGAGCCGGCCGGGAGGAUAGGGGACACAGAGAGUCAAAGGAUGCAGAAAGGGAGGAGAGGAGGGUUGAGGAGGCAGAAUCAGGAGAUUGGAGGGAGAAGGAUUGAGCAGAGGGAAGAGAUGAUAGGAUGGAAGAGGAGAGAGUAGUGGGAGAGAGAGAGCGAAGGUUGCGGCGGCGCAUUACCAUCUGUGUAGGGGCAGAGUGAGUAGUGUAGGAGGAGAGCGAGAGAGAAAAGGAUACAAAGUAGUGGUCGGAGACAUGGAGGGGAGUUGCAGUGAGAUUAGUAGAAGAGCAGCAUCUAGUAAAGAUGAGGUCAAGCGUAUUGCCUGCCUUGUGAGUAGGGGGGGACCGUGAGAGGGUGAGGUCAAAAGAGGAGAGGAGUGGAAAGAAGGAGGCAGAGAGAAAUGAGUCAAAUGUAGACGUAGGGAGGUUGAAAUCCCCCAAAACUGUGAGGGGUGAGCCAUCCUCAGGAAAGGAACUUAUCAAGGCGUCAAGCUCAUUGAUGAACUCUCCAAGGGAACCUGGAGGGCGAUAGAUGACAAGGAUAUUAAGCUUAAAUGGGCUAGUGACUGUGACAGCAUGGAAUUCAAAUGAGGAGAUAGACAGAUGGGUUAGGGGAAAAAUUGAGAAUGUCCACUUGGGAGAGAUGAGGAUUCCUGUGCCACCACCCCUCUGACCAGAUGCUCUCGGGGUAUGCGAGAACACAUGGUCAGACGAGGAGAGAGCAGUAGGAGUAGCAGUGUUUUCAGUGGUAAUCCAUGUUUCCGUCAGCGCCAGGAAGUCGAGGGACUGGAGGCUAGCAUAGGCUGGGAUGAAGUCAGCCUUGUUGGCAGCAGAACGGCAGUUCCAGAGGCUGCCUGAGACCUGGAACUCCAGGUGUUUGGUGCGUGCAGGGACCACCAGGUUAGAGAGGCAGCAGCCACGCGGUGUGAGGCGUUUGUGUAGCCUGUGCGCAGAGGAGAGAACAGGGAUAGGCAGAGGCAUAGUUGACAGGCUGUAGCAGAUGGCUACAAUAAUGCAGAGGAGAUCGGAAUGAAAUGAACUAAACAUCUGGGAAAGGAGAGAACAGGGCCUCCCUCACCAAAACUCCCAAAUAUAACUCUCCCAACUUCCACCUCAGAAAUUAGAAUUGUUGUAAACUACAGCGGUUCAAUGUUUCAAGGAAUAGACUCAACUUACUUUAUUCAGCUAGCUAACUAUGACGCCAUAGCUAACUAGCAUGCUAGCAUUCAAUAACAGACAGUUUAGCACCAAUACUUGGUUACAAAAAACUACCAAUAGUGUGUUAACACACUAAACAGAUAAUUCGUGUCCGUGUCUAGUUCCUUUCAUAACGCAGCAAUAAUUAAACGUUGGCUAGCUAGCACAAAGAUAUUGUAUUUAGCUGCUACAGUACAGCUAGCUGGUAGUGUUGGCUAGCUAGCAAUGGCUGCUGUGUUGACUUUGUUUGAAAAACGGCGUCGCUGCGAACGAAUGUAGCUGGCUAAAAGGAUAUUGUAUUUAGUUGCUACCGUUGCUAAUAGCUACUCGCCAGCUAGUCCAGGAGGUGAGUUAGCUAGCUAGCUAGCUUCGUGCUACACCCGGCACCCCACAACUCUAUUCCUUGGAUAUUACAUUCAGAAUGUAUAUUUCAUUUUUGCAUUCAUACAUUUGGUCCAUGUUGAAAUUCAUUUUUCUUCGAUAGGGAAUUUCUGCAAUUCCACCAUCAUUGCUGAUUUAUCCUUCCCAAGAACAACGGUUGGCUGGUCUGCUUAUUCAGAAGAACUGUGUGGUGAGGAGACAACCAGUGGUAUGUUGCUUUUAUUCACCUAAAAUGACAAUAAUGUAUUCAUCUGUUACAGUCCUAAUUAAUGUUGCAUAAGGUAACACAAAAUCUUGAAUAUCUUUUUGUCUUGGUUCCUCCAGCCGGAUUACCAAAAGCCUCAGCAAGAUGUUUGAACAACACUGGAUCUCCGAUGUUUGGUCCUCCUCACAAGCUGCAGUGUGAAUUGACCCUCAGUGGCAUUCAAGGAAAUGUAAGUCAAUAGGGAUAUUUUUUAUGAUCCUGAUUUAUGACCAGUCUUGAUUUUGCGUUCUUCUUUCUUUUGGUCAAUUACCUCAACCAACUCAACUACCUCAAACUACCGGUUAUAGCCUCGUUAUUGUUAUUUUAUUGUGUUUUUUUUAUUUUUAUUUAACCUUUAUUUAACUAGGCAAGUCAGUUAAGAACAAAUUCUUAUUUACAAUGACGGCCUACUUGUAAACCCCCCCGGCCAAACCCUCCCCUAACCUGGACGACGCUGGGCCAAUUGUGCACCGCCCUAUGGAGGUCCCGAUCACGGGCCGGUUGUGAUAUAGCCCAGGAUCGAACCUGGAUCUGUCGUGACGCCUCUAGCACUGCGAUGCCUUGUCCAGAGCCCAAAAUGUCUAUUUUACUACUUAUUUUUUGGGGGGGUGCACAUUUUCAUACUUUUUAACUCUGCAUUGUUGGGAAAGGGCUCGUAAGUAAGCAUUUCACUGUAAAGUCUACACCUGUUGUAUUUGGCACAUGUGACAAAUCAAAUUUGAUUAGAUUUACAGUUAUCAUUAUGAGGAGUCGAUCUUACAGUUUGAGGAUCAGUAAUAACUGGCUUUUACCUUCAGCUCAUGUAUUCUGUUCCUUUAUUCUACUUAACAGUUGAUGAGGAACAUUCUUUUUUUAUUUAUUGUGUUUUACAUUACUUUUAUAACAUUUAGUCAUUUAGCGGACGCUCUUAUCCAGAGCGAUUUACAGUAGUGAGUGCAUACAUUUUUGUACUUUUUCGUCCUGGUCCCCUGUGGGAAUCGAACCCACAACACUGUAGUUGCAAGUGCCAUGUUCUACCAACUGAGCCACAUAGUUAGUAUUGGCAAUUUUAAUAUCCCAAUGUACUCAAAACUGUUCGCUGCUCUGGCACCCCAAUGGUGGAACAAGCUCCCUCACGACGCCAGGACAGCGGAGUCACUAACCACCUUCCGGAGACAUUUGAAACCCCACCUCUUUAAGGAAUACCUGGGAUAGGAUAAAGUAAUCCUUCUACCCCCCCCCCAAAAAAAAGUACAUUGUAAAGUGGUUAACCCACUGGCUAUAAGGUGAAUGAACCAAUUUGUAAGUCGCUCUGGAUAAGAGCGUCUGCUAAAUGACGUAAAUGUAAAUGUACUCACAGUUCAGCAUGUUGCUGCCACUUAUACAACGUUCUGUUUAAAAACAAUACAAAAAUAAAAUAAAUAAAAAUAAUUCUCUCUCCCUAUUCAGAUCUCCAGCAGUUCAGGUGAUUUAGCACAGCUAGCCUUCAGUACUCAGAUCCUGACCUCCCAACCAGAGCGGCUAUCAGCUGACAACAUCACCACAGCAGCUCAGAUAGCUAACACUCUGCUUCAGUCUGUAAAUAUCACAGAGGUAUAACAUGUUUUCAAAUCAAGUUGUGACUAUGACAUGUUCUGGAGAGAAACGUGAGGUUGUUACUGCAGUGAUUUGAACACUUGAGGGUUUUGAUCAUGUUGCAGGACAUCGCAGUGGCAGCUGUAACUACCAUCAGUCAGCUGCUGAAUGCCAGUGGGGAGACUACACAGGAGAGUGAUGCUGUCCAGAGGUGUGUGUGUGUGUUUGUACAUAUGUUUGAGUUUAUGUGUGUACGUGUGUCUCUGUGCGUGUCUGCAUGGGUGCAUGUAAACUAAUGUUUUUCUGUGUUUCUCUCUCAGCCUCACAGAGACCCUGGAGGAGUUUUCCCUGGACCAGCAGAGUAACGUGUCCUUGGUGGUUCAGCCCAACCUGGUAGUCCAAUCUGUCCAAGUACCAAGUGACACAGUAGGGAUCCAGUUUACUGCUCUGACUGGUGGGUGGGACUGCUAGUGAACCUACAUAGUGUCGUUUAAAGUGAUAGUUUAUAUCUGUUUUGACAGUCUAGAUCAACGUUUUCCUAUCUAAUUUUUCUAAUUUUUCUCCUCUGAUGUUGGUCAAUAAGGUUUGGUAUGGAUUUGAUUUGUUGUACUAUAGACAAGUACAGAACAGUGGAGGCUGCUGAGGGGACGACGACUCAUAAUAAUGGUUGGAACGGAGCGAAUGGAAUGGCAUAAAACACAUGGAAACCAUGGAAACCAUGUGUUUGAUGUAUUUGAUACCAUUCCACUGAUUCCGCUCCAGCCGUUACCAUGAACCCGUCCUCUCCAAUUAAGGUGCCACCAACCUCCUGUGGUACAGAAGGAACACUAUAUUGUUCUGCUUUAAAUGUAUAAAUCAAAUUAAUCUCGUUCUCCAGGAAGAUCUGGUAAUUUUGUGGCCAACAGAAUUCAUCUCAACACCAAUACCUCUGAACUGAUAGCUGACAAAGGAGGUGCUACCGAUAUCCAGAUUGUCAUAAAAUUCACACCAGGUGAGCCAAUGUUGGUAUGCAAACAGUAUAUAAACUCAAGCUUCAAUUUCCUUGUAGAGCUUUCACAGAGAGCACUUAACUGCUGUUUCUCAUCUCUGAAAUCAGGUAAGCAGUGCCAAAUAUUUAGAUUGCCCAAUAAAGUUGAGUCACAUGAGAUAUGGAUAAGUAAAGUAUCGAAAUAAGCCUACAAGGCAAGGUCAAGCUACUCAUGUAUACAAAGUCCUGAGAUGAAAAACACUCUCUCUCUCUCUCCCCCCCUUUCUCUCUUUCUUUCUCUCUCUCUCUCUAACUCUCUCACUCUCUUUCUCCUUCACUCCACUCAGUUUUACGUAAUAAAAACACAAACUACUCCAUUGGUUUUGUGCUCUACCAAAAUGACCGGUUCUUCAGGUCCAGGACUUUCAGAGCUUCUUCAGGAACCAGCAGAAGGGUAAUCUCUGCUAACCUGGGUGUGUCUGGGUUACAUGUUGAGAUGCUCUUCAAGCCCACAGUAAGAUUUAUCUUGGAAUCAAUAAACGCAUAGUGGUCCAAAUUCUCUGGGAAACGUAGUGGGAUGCUGUCCAUUAUCUAAGUCACAUGUGUCAAACUCAUUCCACGGAGGGUCGAGUUGCUGUGGGUUUUCGCUCCUCCCUUGUAAGGAACUCCCCUCAUCUGAUUGUCUAGGUCUUAAUUGAAAGGAAAAAACAAAAACCAGCAGACACUAGAAUGAGUUUGACACCCCUGAUCUAUGUUAUCCAUUGACGCUUAUCCGACAUUAGGAACAAGGAAGUAUAUUUUGGCCAGUGAACAAGGAAGAAUAUGUUGUAGUGUCUAUAAUACGAUCAAUCAUAAUUGUAAUUAUUUAUUUCCCACAUUUACUUCAUGACCUGUUAUACUUCACAAUUGACUUCAUGAUUUUGAGGAAUACUGUGUCUUUUGCUGAAGGAUUUACAGUGAGUUUGUUUCUGUUCUCACUUCUCAGGCUGUCCCCAACGCCUCCCUCUAUGACUUUGCCUGCGUGUGGUGGAACUACACGUUGAAAGACUGGAGCACCUAUGGCUGCUCCAAAGUCAACCACUCAGAAGACGGCCUGCGAUGUUUCUGUAAUCACACCACUAACUUUGCUGUGCUUAUGGUGAGUAGCUAGCUGCCUUCAUCUCCCUUUAACUGACCACACUUUGACCUAUGCAGGGGUUCCCCAUUUUUUUGGGCCCAUGACCCCAUUUUGAUAUCUGAAAAGUCUUGUGACCCCAACCAUGUGAUUUUUUUGUAGUAAUUAAGAUGGGCUAUGGGGCUAUGGCAGUCAAUUGCAAAACAUUCUAACAGUAUUUCUGAUUGUCUUCUCAACUCACCAUCACAUACUUUUAAUGUGGGGCUAUGACAGUCAAUAGCAAAGUGGUCUGACAUAAUGUCUCUUAUCUCACCACCUCUAAUGAGAUGAUGAGAUCAGAGACAUGAUGCAUGUCGCGUCAGAGCUUCUCAAAGUCAGGGGGUGUGGUUGACAGUGUGCACCUCAUCUCUGCUGUCACUUCCAACCUGGAUCGAUAUUUGGUUUUAAUGCAGACGAGUGCACUAAAUCCAGCCUCACACAGAUAUUAGCUGGCAAAGGGUACCAUGAGUUUUAAUUCUCGGAGGGAGACGGCAGGGUAUUCCCUUUGAGUGAGGAACCAAAAUGGGUUAUCUGCAGCAUUCGGUCAUAUGACGGCUCGAUCAGAUUUUCAAUUUCACUUCCCGGCAUGUCAACUAAGCCAGGAUCACAAUCAAACAGAUUUCUCUCCAAUAAGAAGUCUUUCCUCUGAAUCCACUGAUUCAGUCACUCAUCUGUAGAAUGUUUUUGUAUUUCCACUGCAUGCUUGCGUUCAGUUCGUUCAGUUUCCCAAAUAUGCCAGUUAAAUAGGCAAGGAGACACAUUUCAUUUUCAUUACACAGAAAGUCAAGAAAGUCUGUCUGUUUUUUUGCCCAUUCGUUCACAUGGAAUCAGUUUUUUGUCAAUAUAGCCACGCAGUGCAACCUCUGUGCAGUUUCAUGCUCGAGAAUCGUGAGACAGAACAAUACGUCCUCGUGAUUAGCAUCCCCCGACAUGUAGCGAACAAAAUACAUUAAUGGGCAUCUCGGCCCUCACAGCUAACGUCCAUUUGGAAAGCUGGGGAGUUUUUGAGUGGUUCAGUAGGUUUCAUUUGGAUUGCUAGCUAUAGCAUAAAUUCAUAGUUUUACAGUGUUAUCUGACAAAGGUAUUGAUUAGUGUUUCUGUGCCUCGGCCUCCCCACACCUUGUUUUCACCAUAUUGAUUGUGGCGGUAAUAUCUCUGAAAUAGUGUGUGGUUUCAUUCUGUAGUGGGCCUAGCCAUUCACCUGGGAAUAGGGUGACUACAUGUCCCAGAUUGUGCGGGACAGUCCCGCAUUUUGGCCCUUUGUCCCGCAACUAAACAAUCAUGUCCCGCAUUUUAUCAACAAAUUCAAACACCACCAAUUUAGAAAAAACUUUGAUUUGUCCAGUAUUUCAGUCAGACAUUCCAACAUGUUUCUUGCAGUCACGUUGCCCUUAUGAAAAAAUAUCAUUAGGAUGUGGUAGCUAUGGUGAUGUUAAGCACUUCUCCAAUCCUUGUUGAGAUCUGAUAUUCUGCUCAAUACAAGACAAGACAUAGGCCUUUAGUCAACAAAUAUCAGUUAAUUUCCACCUUGUUACUCACAGAUUGUAUAAAACAUCUAAUUGAUUAGCUGAAAGUUCAACAAUAUCUCAUAGUUAGGCCUCCUAACUACUUCAAAAAGCUUCUGCUGAAGAGCUAGAAAAGUAGGUAAAUAGCCACAUUAGACUGAAAGAUAUAAUCAUAGCAGUGGGAAGUAGAGUGCUGCAGCACCUCCUGAAAAAUCACAAUGACAAAAUAAUAAUAAUACAUAUUUUCAGUAAAGUAGUGCAUUGGGCCUUUACUAGUCCUGUAUUAGCAGACCGAUAUAACCGUUUGUAGCGUAGGCAAAAAACAUUUUUCAGCAUCCCCCCAGGCUUUCCAUGCUCAUUAGUUGCUCAUUCAACAUACUGUAUUUGCUGCUACUUCACUCAAUCUCGUUUUGAAAGUCUCCCAUCCUAACUGUAUUACAUUCCCUGAGACCAACCUGAAAUGUUUCAUUGGCCAAAUAGUCCCCGAUUUUCAUAAAACAGCCACACGUGGUCUCUCGUUUCUGUAUCACCAAAUGUUGUUCAAGGCAAAAGAGUUGGCUACACUUCAAUUGCUCGUUCGGUGCAGAUGACUGCAGGGGUGUAGUGCUGCCAGAGGACACCGGAGCGUCACUCCGCCACUUCUCACAAUGGUGCUCGUUGAGUAAAGUUAGAUAAAAGUUGAAUCAAUGUCUUGGAAGAUCACGUAAUGAUGAAUUAGUAUUUUACAUAACAUAUAAUAGCAUAGUAUAACGUUACUGUCACAUUAAAAACACCACUUCAUGAGAUUUAGGAUGGUUAGCUGAAUAGUCCCCAAAAAUGAUGUUGUAGCCUAAACUCAACAGCGCACGUCACUAGGCAGAAUAUGCUUUGAUUGAAACAAAAUACAGGAAGGCUAUAUAGUUUCUUAACAUCAUCUGCUCUAAUUUGCGCAUGAAAUUCAAGAAGAUCUAAAUGCAUAUUCCCAUGAAUCUGAUUGAGAUCAAACGAUUGGCAAUCAGACGCAGUUUGGACAUUUCACUGGCAAAACAUGAAGAAUUAUCAUUCACAAUUGACAGCGAUUAUGCAUUGGCCUAUUUCUAAAUUAUGUAUCGGGUAGGCUACACUGUCCCGCAAAAUCAUCCUGUUGUCCCGCAUUUGUGUAUUUUAAAUGUGGUCAGAUUAAGUGGGAAUGAUUCAAGUGCAACGGUAAAAUAUGGUAUUUUCCGAAGAUAUAAGGGAACUCUCUGGUUGAAUUUUAUGUUUUAGAUUUGAAUACUUUUCAUUUAUAUUUUUAGCGGGAUUUUGGAAAUUCUCCUGCGACCCCAUUUUAAUUUCAGGCGACCUCACAUGUGGUCGCAACCCCUAUUUGGGAACCGCUGACCUAUAGUUUACCACAGCAUAUCCAGACACAUGAGGGAGAUGACUUUAUACAGUAUGACUGUGACAGAAACUUGGUGUUAAAAUUUCUUUUUUCUUUUUUUCUACAGUCGUUUAGGAAGGAUUUUAAAUAUGCUCAAGUGCUAAACUGGAUCACCAUAUUGGGAUGCUCCAUGUCCAUCAUAGGGUUGAGUUUAACAAUAACAUUCCAGAUCGCAACCAGGUAAGAUCCUACAGGGUUCCAGAACCAAUUCAACAUAUACAAUAACAUUCCAGAUCGUGACCCGGUAAGAUCCUACAGGGUUCCAGAACAAAUUAAAAAUAUACAAUAACAUUCCAGAUGGUGACCCGGUAAGAUCCUACAGGGUUCCAGAACCAAUUCAAAAUAUUGCAUCUCAAUAGUGUAAAGAAGCCCUUUGUUUGAUCCAACACGACUUGAUAGGUGAAACCAAUAUGAAACCCACUAUUAAAGAACCAACACAUCCAUAGCUACGCAUCUAACUUCCCUAACAUAGUGUUGUCUAUCACCUAUCCCCAGGAAAUCACGCAAAACCAACCCAACUGUCCUCUUAGUGAGCGUCUGCGUGUGUCUCCUGAUCUUCACCCUCCUCUUCGUGUUGGGAGUGGACAACCCUCAUAAACAGCUGGAGAAACCUGAAAUACAGGAGGCCAACAUUGUCCCCUCGUCCGACACACACACAGAGCGGGACAGAGGCCCCUGUACUGCAGUCGCAGUCCUGCUGCAGUACUUCCUGUUGGGGACGUUCACCUGGAACACGCUGUACGCCACACAUGUCUUCCUGAUGAUCAGAAACAGCCUGGCCACCAGCCCGUCACACUCCACAGCCUAUACCGUGGCCAUCGGAUGGGGUAGGACAGCUUGGAGAAAAAUAAAGUAUUUAGUUGUUUCAGAAGCUUUGGCUGGCAUUAGCCCUGGGCUCCUUGAACCAAAACGAAUGCUAGGUUAUAUUUUCAGGCUCUAAUAUGCCUGAAAUAGAACUUCAAAGCGACUUGUAUAGUGAUGUUAUGUCUUUAGAGGAUGUAUGUGUAGUAUAUCAUCUGUAUAUGUCUGCAUGCUAAUCUACCAGGAAAUAACAACAACAUUCUCUGUCCUUUAGGACUGCCUGCGGUUGUGGUGGCCCUCACCUUAGGAAUUAGUUACAGAGUGGAUGAUCCACUGGGUUACAGGCAGGAGGAAUUGUGAGUCAGUGCUGUACUAUACUACUUCUGUACUACCUCUCUUUACUGUAUUGUAAUAUACUAUACUGUACUAUUCUAUACUAUACUGUACUAUACCAUACUGUAUUGUACUAUACUAUACUGUACUGUAUUGUACUAUACUAUACUUUACCAUACUAUGCUGUACUGACUAUACUGUAGUAUACUAUACUUUACUAUACUGUACUGCACUGUACUAUACUAUACUGUAUUUUACUAUUCUGUACUGUACUACCACUACUACACCUGAGUACUGUGCUGUAUUGCAAUUUACUUCCUCUUGUGGUUAUUUUAUAAUAUAUUCAAUUUUAAUUAAAGUGGGGCAAUUGCUUUAUAAAAUUGUAUUACUCAUACUGUAAAAGGUUAUCCCUAUCAAUGUUCGUGUGCAUGUUUAUAAUGCAUGCUAAUAAUUGGCCAAGAGCAAUAUAAAAAGUUAAAACAUUGUGUUGAAAGGUUUCUUGUUUACUUAUGCCACCCACCAUGUUUACUUUAUACCACGUUAUUCAAAUCACUGGCGUCCUGUUUUGUCUGUCACAAAGUCCCACUCUCUAACUCAUUAAUUUGACCUCUCAGUUGCUGGCUUGCUGCCCUUGAUCCAAAGGGGAACUUUGACUUCAAGCUGCCAAUGUUUUGGGGGUUCCUGAUCCCUGUGGCGUUCAUGCUUAUCUUCAACAUGGUGGUGUUGGUAUUUUUUGCAGUUACAACAGGCAAGACCAACCCACAUAUAACCAGGUAACAUUAAUGGGGGCAUUUUGGGGGCACAAAGUAGAACGUUGUAGUCAUAAAGAUCAGUCUUGAUUUAAAUGCCUACAAAUAAGCUUGUUAAUUUCAUAUUGUCUUUCAAUUAAAAGCUUGUUAUAAAUAAAAUGUAUUAUCAUUUCAUUCUUAUUAAUUCAGUCAUUAGUAACCAAUUCAUACUAUUUAAUGAGCACCAUGCUCUAACCCACUCAGUCAUUGGAAGCAUACUGUUAUUUUACCACAGCAUUACAGCAGUCUAUGACCGCAGUCUAAGCAUGUUGGUUAUAUUUCCCAGUACAAGACACACAUCGAUGAAGAAGAAGUUCCUCAGUAGCUUUUCUCUGGCUGUGGUGCUCGGUCUCUCCUGGAUCCUGGGCUAUCUGUUGCUCAUUACACAGAACCAGACCAUGUACACCAUACUCAACAUCUCCUUCUGUGUACUCACCACCACUCAGGUAGUAAAUGUAUGCACUCACUACUGUAAGUCGCUCUGGAUAAGAGAGUCUGAUAAAUGACUCAAAUGUUAAAUAUAAAGACUAGUGUGCUAUUGUACCACAGAAUCCAGACAUGAUUGAAAACUAGACAGCUACUAAACAUUAAUAAAUUCUGCUGCUCUUUAUAGAAACACUACCUUUUGUUUGUACUUGUGUGUUCCUGAAAAUACUUGAUAACGUCUUUGUGUUUUUGUUUUCGCUCCACAGGGCUUGCAGAUUUUCAUUCUGUUCACAGCAAGAACAGCAAUUGUCAAGAAAAUGAUGGCAGAUGCUUUGAAAUCUGUCUCUAGCGUUGGGAUCCCGCUGCACACCAAGAGGUUCAGUCUAUGGCGAGUCAAGCGCAGAGAAAAAGUAGAAUCAUACACACAGCUGGACACUAUUCCAUCAACCAAUUAACCCUUUAACUGGCACAGAUUUUUUUUUUUUAAUGCACAAUUAGUACUGAAAAUGUGUGAUUGAGGUUCAGUUUUGCUCACGUUCACAUCCUGGUUUUUAACCAUCUUUGAAUGUGUGUUUAAAAAGAUAUAGGAGUCCAAUAAUGAAAACCGCAUAGUCAUUUUACUAAAUGGCAUGAUAAAAUAUGCAAAACAAAAUUCACAUUUAAUUUCAUUUUAAUUUGGUAGUCAACCGCUCAGUUGAGCUGCCUCUUAAAGGGUUGAUCUCCACCUUGUUACACACAGAUUGUAUAAAGCAUCUAAUUGAUUGGCUGCAAGUUCAAUCUCUGUUGUACAAUAUCUCAUAGACCUCCAUUAUUGCCUAUAAUAAUACACACACCAUUUAUAUGUAUCAAAAGAAAAUUUGGGCUAUGCACAUGUUUGUAAAUACAUUAUGUACAUAUGUUCUUUAUGAAAGUUGAC